UUUCACAAACUGAAAGCGAAGUGAAUGUUUAAUUGAAAACUGUAUGAUCGUGUCAUUUUGAUUUUCAAGAUGGAUUGUGGUAUUAUUCGAAUGUUUCUUAUUGCUUUCUGUGUGCAUGUUUGCACAGCUCAAGUUGUCAUCGAUGUAUCGGCAACCUCUGAGGGUGACAUUGUCCUGACUUGCUCGGUAGAUGGCGCUUUCGAGGCUCUGGUCCAAUGGUCAACAAACAGGACAGGGAGUCUGAUGAAUAUCACUGGUGGAGAUGAUUUUAGUCACUUGGAGGUUUUGCCAAAUAGGACGCUUAUCAUUCGGACAAGCGAAGGCCCGUACUACGGCUUUUAUUUCUGUACACACCCAGCGUCUGGUCGCAACUAUACUGCGAGACUAAAACAAGCUCCAGCUCUCCGGAUCUCUCGAAUCCCCCUCGGCAACGGCCACCUUCUCCUGACGUGCCUCGUCAAUCAAUCAACAACCGUCCCAGUGACGUGGUCGUUCCGACGAUCAGGGGAGACGACCUCGAGCAAUCUCGUCGGCGGGGACGACGAUGACCACGUCCAGGUGUUAUCGAACAAUUCCCUGAUCGUACGGGACUUUGAGGAUGAGGACGUUGGCCAUUAUACCUGUACUGCAAGACACGAUGGGCUUGUCAGGAAUAAGACGGCUCGGGUCAGUUUAGCUGCAAAACGUGACAUCAUAACUUUCACGACGUACCAGGACGAUAACUACAAUUUCUUCGUCACGUGCAUCGUGGAAGGCGCCCCUGCCACGCCCAUUCACCAAGUCACGUGGUCUUAUGGUGAGGAUGGUGAUGACGACAUGCCGGACUUGAUGCCGUCGGGUGACGAGGAUUCGCAUGUCCAAGUAUUGGAGAACAGCACCCUCCUGAUCAGGGAUUACACCCCGGAAGAUGCGGGGUGGUACUACUGCACCGCUCUUCUGUCCGAUGGCACAAGGAAAAUGAAGCCAAUUGAUGUUGGAGGUGCCCCUCUCUCGACCGUCGCUAAUAUUUGGCUAAUCAUCGUGCUAACAGUCUUCACUAUCAUCCGGAAUGCAUCAGCCCUUUAAAGGAAGAAAAUUAAAUUCACUUGGGGAAGGGAUGGGUGGGUCAAGAGCUUUGUUAGAAUCGUCGGAGGAUAAGAAUUUUUUUUUUCCCGUUGUGACAUUUUGACAAAAUGAUAUUGCUGUAUUGUUUUAGUAUUUUGUUUGUUUAUUUGUUGCUUUUUUAGGAUAUUAGAAGAAUGAUCCAUUGUAACAUUUGCUUGAAAAAAUCAAGAUUUUUAAUUCAUUGAAAAUAUUUAUUAAAUAUCUUUUAAGCAAACUGGAUGUUUGAUAACAGUAUGCAUUCCUGGAGGAAAAAUCAUGAACAGUAUGAAUUCCUGAAAAAAAAAUGUGAAAAAAUUAUGGACAAAAAUCACUGAAAAUCUGUGAAAAAAAAUACGUUGAAAAAAAUAAAGAAUUGUUGAAGUGAUAUUCAAGUUUUGAAAUAAAGGCAUAUAAUUAUAAUUUUGCAAGGGUGCAGAAAAACCUUUUAAAACAAAUUUUACAGAUACAUUAUUUUCGACAAGAGCAUGGAUGUUAUGGCUUUAUGUGCAUGUAUGUGCGGGUCGCGGGAGUGGUCUGCCCAAAGUGGAAAUUGGAAUUGAAUGACACACAUCAAAUACAUUUUAACUUAACAAUAUAAACAUAGCGCCCCUCCCACAAUGUCCCAUAUCAUGAUCUUAGUUAUUAAUUUUAGCUAGACUUAUUUUUUUUUUGUCACAUUGAUCUUUAUGCAUAUUUUUCGCUUUUAGCGCUUUAUUCCACUUCAUGAUUAAGUUUGAAUACAGUAUAGUUGUGCUCCCAACUGAAUUGUUAGAGAUUUCGUUCGCAUUAUAUGAACAGCCAAAAUAUUUGUAACCAUUUUUAACCAUGAAUAUGGGCCUACAUGAAGGUAUCAAUAAAAUAGCGAGUAUUUGUUGUAA